GCCAUCUACCACACAACGCGGCGCAAAAGUCAUAUCUGACAUUGGUUUGACACAUAGCUCAAUUUUUCUCUUCAAUUACUUUUCUUUCAAACACGUAUUUAAUAAUUUUUCUGUUCAAUUUUAAAGACAAUAAGUAAAAUAAAAUAAUUUAAAAUUCAGAGAUGAGUUUUAUUCCAGCCUUCUUGAUAAUUGUAAAAUGAUUCAUAUCUCUCUCUUCCCCGAAAUGUGCCUUAAUAAAAAUUAAAAGUGUAAAGCAAGCACCAAAUUUUAACAAGUAACUAGACUCUUCAAGCAAUCUUGGACAAGAAUAUCACUUUCUCACAACAAAGCAGAAAAUCAGCAUAUUCAUCGUUUUGGUUAUUGGUUCAAAUGUGGUUGGAAAUUUAAUGCUAUCUGGGUAUUAUCUCUUCCCUUCUGGUGGCUAAUUCCUACUGACUUUUCUAACCGAACACAACUAAAUGUAGAAAAAGGAAGAAUAACAAUAUAUUAUUUAUGUUUUGGCUAUCUCUUAUCCUUAAUAGCUCAUUUAAAUUGUAAUCAUUGUUAGCUGGUUGUUUGUUGCUAUUAAACAUAUUCUUAAUCAAUAUAAAGAUAAAUAUGAUAUGUGCAUAAGUGAACACCAUAAUGAGUAACAACGGACAAUGGAUGACAUCACUUCCAGACAAUCUACGGAGUAUUCCGGUCAUCAAUCUUGCGAUACCUGGUUCCCAUGACACAAUGACUUAUGGAAUAAAAUCAAGAGCGAAACCUGCUCCCGAUGCCGACCGUUCAACAAUAUGGUUGAAUUUUUGUUUUCCUUGGUGUGUCCGCCGCUGGGCAAAGACACAAUCCUCUUCUGUAUUGGAUCAGUUAUUGUUAGGAAUUCGUUAUUUUGAUUUGCGUGUUUGUCAAAAAAAUGAUAAAUAUUAUUUCGCUCAUGGCCUUUUUGCUAUGGAAAUAUUUGAACCUCUAGAGGAGCUAAAACGUUAUUUGCUUUCACACAGAGGCGAAAUAUGCAUAUUGGAUUUUCAGCAUUUUUACGAGAUGGAUGAAACACAUCACAAACAAUUACAAAACCGUUUGCUGAUGUUAUUUGAUUCAAUGUUGUACGCAAAAUCUGAUGGUAAUUUGAGCGAGUUUACAUUAAACAGAAGUAGUGCUCUCGGCAGACAAGUAUUUUUAAUUUAUCGACGGUGUCCUUUACCUUUGCCAAAUGAAUUUUGGCCAAGCAAUAGUUGGCCGACUCCAUGGCCAAAUGUAACUUCAAUUAAAAAACUUGAGAUCUAUCUUCAAAAAUCAUUACUGACCAGACAACCUUCACAGGGUUUUGUAUCUCAGUGUAUACUAACCCCAUCGGGAAAAUACAUAACGCUCAGAUUUUUUUCCUCUCUACGUAAAACAGCUAAAAAAGUAAACAGUAAAUUAAAACCUUGGAUUGAAGAACAAUUGCCCGGGCCAUUUGAGGAAAAUGAACCUCCAAAGGCGAAUGUGUUUAUUGUCGAUUUCGCAAGUUUAAAUAAUGGAGAGUUCUGCAAUACAGUUAUAGGCCUUAAUUAUAAAAUCAAUAACCCCUCAAUGAGUGGAGAUGCUUACAAUAAUUUUUAAUUUUUUUUUUGCAUAAUACGCAUAGUAUAAAUCUAUUUAGCACUUCUAGAACCAACAGUAAAAUAUUUAUUUAAUCCUCGGCACAAUAUUCAAUGUAGUGAAGGAAACUAAAAAAUGUUUCUAUUAUUGAUUAGCUAUGAGCAAAUCUUCCAAUCGUAACGCACUAAGUAAUAACACUAUAUAUGUAUGUA